GGCGUCUUUCAUAAGUUUCUUUCUCUCUGUUCAUUCAUUAAUUAAUUCAUUGAUUCUGAUGUCAAAUUAUUAUUCAUGGCCGGCACCUCAUUUCCUGCAGCAGACCGACCAGCCUCCUCAGGCAUUGGCGGCGGCACCACUCUCAAAUCCGGCCAACCAAAUGUUGUCGGCUGCUAAUUCAGUACUCACCGACGUAGUCAACAUGACCAGCCGUGGUCGCGUUUCGAAGCCAGCACGACGCAGAAAGCGGGUUUCUAGCAGAACGCCGACGACUGUUCUAAGCACCGACACCAGAAACUUCAGGGCUAUGGUUCAGCAAUUCACCGGUGGCCCGCUUGCUGAUCAUGAUCACCCAAUUGUUAACUCCAGCAGUACUACUAAUCCUGGAUCUUUAAUGUUUUCUAAUUAUUCUGAUGCUCCUCCUCUUCCUCCUAGUACUAUUUUAUCUUCUGGUGGCAGGUCGGAGUACUAUUAUGAUCAGCUCUUGAUGCAGCAGCAGCAGCAGCAGCUAUCACAAGAGAACCAACGGCGGCCAGAUCAUUAUCAAAUGUUCUAGUAAUUCCCAAACAGAGGCGAUUAUCAUCAUUAAUUAUGUUGAUCUUCACAAUCACGAUUCUCAUGUGAACAUAUAUGUUUAACAGAGACGGAUUGUAAGUGAAUUGAUGAUGGAAGAUUUAAUUAAUUCCACAUCACCAACUGACGAACUACAUAUAUAUAUAUAUAUAUAUAUAUAUAUAUAUAUCUUCAAAAAAUGAUAUUAAACUAGCUAGCUAGCUAGCUAGGUAAAGUAGGUACUACUGUAUGUC